UGCACUUUGCCGACGAGCAUCUCUGCCGUCCUGCUUCACUACAGUAAUCACUGCCCCCUCCUCCUCCUCCUCCUCCCUCCUUCCUCUCGGAUCUGCGAAAAUACACGGGGACUUCACUGGGAAAGGCAGAGUUCAUCAAUGUAACUCCGGUCAGUCCGAAGCUGCGCCGUUUACCUGGAUAAGUCCAUCCCGACGAGAAGAGAGAGAGUGACACAAGAGAGCACGAGAAAGAAGAAGAAGAAAGAAGAAGAAGAAGAAGAAGAAGAAGAAAAAGAAGAAGAAGACAAGCCCAGUGGAGUGUCGACGCGAAAUUGUGAGGGGGGAAACAAAAGAGAAGAAUAUGAUUGUCAAGCAGCAUCUGAUCUUCAUCCUUUACAGCCUCUGUGCAAACGUCUUCAAAGUGGCUGGGACAAAAAGCAAAGGGAAAGGUAGCCAAGGUCAGUUCCCCAUAACUCAGAAUGUGACGGUGGUGGAGGGGGGCACAGCCAACAUGACCUGCCGUGUGGAUUACAAUGAUAACACUUCCCUCCAGUGGUCAAACCCCGCACAACAGACCCUGUUCUUCGGGGACAAGAAAGCUCUGAGAGACCACAGAAUCGAGCUGGUGCGAGCCUCGUGGCAGGAGCUCACCAUCAGAAUCGGUGACGUCAGCCUGUCAGAUGAGGGCCAGUACACCUGCUCGCUCUUCACCAUGCCUGUCAAGACCACCAAGGCCUUUCUCACUGUUCUGGGAGUGCCAGGACGGCCGGAGAUCACAGGAUUCACCAAGCCGGCCAUGGAGGGGGACGUGAUCACGCUGACGUGCACCACGUCAGGCAGCAAACCAGCUGCCAUCAUCCGGUGGUUCCGAAAUGACAAGGAGGUCCACGGUACAAAAGAGAUAAAUGCCACAGGCAAAUCCUUCACAGUGAGGAGCAGCCUCCAGUUCCAGGUGGACAGACGAGACGACGGCAUCGCCUACACGUGUAGUGUGGAGCAUGUGUCCCUGUCCAACCCCUACAUGACCACAGAGGUUCUGGAGGUCCACUAUGCUCCGCAGCUGGAGAUUAUACAUUCUUUGAUAAUUCCACAGGAAGGGCAGUACUUCAAAUUGGAAUGUGUUUCCAUAGGCAACCCAAAACCUGAACCGGUGAUGUGGUCUAAAGACGGAGGAGAGCUGCCUGACAUUGAGCGCAUGAUCGUGGAGGGCAGAGAGUUAACCAUCACCACGCUAAACAAAACAGACAACGGCACAUAUCGCUGCGAGGCGAGCAACCCCCUGGGGACGAGCAGUGCUGAAUAUGUACUGUUUGUAUAUGCCAAAGACUUUCCAGGGCCAACGACAGAUCCAAAUGCUCUGGGACAACACGGACCUGACCACGCUUUAAUCGGCGGCGUCGUUGCCGUCGUGGUGUUCAUCACCUUGUGCUUGAUAAUCGUUCUUGGGAGAUAUCUGGCCAGACAUAAAGGCACAUAUCUAACGCAUGAGGCCAAAGGAGCAGAGGACGCCCCGGACGCAGACACAGCCAUCAUCAACGCCGAGGGAAACCACGUGCACGCAGAGGAAAAGAAAGAGUACUUCAUUUAGACUUCUGGGCCCUUCUCGUUUUGUGUUUUCGAACGACAGCAGACAUGCAAUUUUCAACUGCCUCACUGCAUCACACGUUUUACUUAAUAUUCACGUUACAUAAUUCGGUCUGCUACAGAAAGUUCAUGCUCAGUUAAAGCUUGUUUAUCAAAGCAUUUGCUGAAGAGUUAGCCUUCUCCUUUUGUAAUCACGUGUGUCCCAUGAUGCGACUGGAUUUUGUCCAUUUUGCUUUUACUUUUUUUCCUGCUUUCCUUUAUCGCUAUACUCAACUUUCUUCGGAUUUUGUUUCAUUCAUUCAUUCAUUCAAAAAAAAAAAAAAAAAGUGCUUCGCUUCUCAAACUGUUCCACUAUAAGAGCCACCUGUAUCUGAGGUCCGGUGUGUGACAUUUUGGAGGUUUAUUUGAACAAAUUGAACAGGCCUAACUAUGUUUAAGGGUAUAAUUGCUUUCAAACUGAGAUUGCUUGGUUUUCAGAGCCUUAAAAUAAACCUUUUGUAUGUGUAGUUAUAGCAAGGGUCUCGCUUUUCAGAGGAUUUCCACCUUGUGCUGAUGGACAGACAAAGCAGAUGGAGUUUCAUGUUUUAAAAUUGAAGGUUACUACACAAAGAAGUAAGAGCAACAUCCUUUCUGAUAUUUAAUGGCCACCAUAGUCCCCUCAUGUGGUUGGGAAAGGGAGAGGUGAAUGUAGGUGGAGACGGAUUUAUCAAACAUUAUAAAGUAUUUUGUAUGUACUGGAUGGUUUUGAAUGUUGCCAUGGAGUUUACCCCCCCGACGACAGCCAUACUAUUGUUAACAGUAUCACAAAGCAGACAGUACGUAGAAGCACAAUCGUUGUGAUUGUCUCGAGGUGGAAUCCACGUCCCUUUUAGCGCCCGUCUGUAUAUGCCCGCAUAGAUUUACUUUCUCCAGUUUUUUAACCCAUGCUGUUCAUUUGAACCAACGGGGAGAACGAGUCAGAAAAUUAAAGCACAAAGUCUGAGGACUAACCGAGGGUAAAACACAUCAACUGUCUCAGGAUUCAAUUACGAGUCUAGAUGGAGAGAUGGUGUCAGACACACGAUGAAGAUUUCACUACGCUGUAAGAGUUCAGUUAUCGUCUUUGGUUCGGAAAAUUUGAUUUAUUUUUUUUUCUUGGGGUGGGGGGGUUUGAUACAGUAUAAGAUCCAAAAUGACUGAGUGGAACCUUAUUUAUGUUGACUUUUAUUGAACAACUAUGCUCAAUGUGUGGAUAUUGCUGUAAAAUACUUUGCCAACGUGAAUACUGGUGACCAAUAUUGUUGAAUCUUUGGAUCCCUGGCACAUAACAAUUUGUAUAUUAGCAUAUACAGUAGUUGGAAUAAUCCACAGGUCUUAUUUCUGUUCCCCAUGAAUCUAACAAGAGGUGUUUUUUGCCAUAAGGUAUGUAAAUAUUGUGUAAGUAUUCAAUUUAAUUCAUGAAAAAGGAAAAGACACUGAUUAUAGCGUUUUAAUUUCACAACAUCACGUCAGUUACGGUCACUUUGAUGAAGUUGUUUUCGCACUUUUAACGCAUUUCUUUUCAAACAGGGAUUCUCAUUGCUUAAUUGCUGAAAAGUGGAAAAAAAGACGAAAAAAACUGAAAAAAAUCUGGUCAGAAUAUAUGUAUUUGUUAUUAUGAUUGAUUGACAUUUAUUAUAUAAUGCUAUAUUGAUUGAUAUUAUUGCUGUUAUUACUGAAGUAGUUGUCUGACAUUAACUUUUUUUUUAAUUCUCAAACCUGUCAUAAAAAAACAAUAUAAGGAUCACCAUUAUGGCCUUUGAGUUUGCUGCAAACAGUACUAAUGACAUGUUGAGGCAUUGGUGAAUCAGACAUCCCCUCACUGUAAAUAGCCACUGUAUCAAAGACAUUGAACCUCAUUGCCAAUGCUCAUACAUGUUAUUUUGUUUGUUCAAUAUGAUGCUAUAUAAAUAACUCAUUUUGUACAAAGUUUUAAUCGCUGUAAUUAAUUUGCUUUUUAUGGGGGAUGUGUGAGGUUUUGCUUUUUUUUCCCCUCAGUAUUGAGUAUUCAAUUUUCAACUAUGCCACUGUACAAAAAAGAAAAAGAGAGAAGAAAAAAGUACAGAUUAAAAUAUGAACAACUUGAAAAUGAGCUUUUUGU